UGUGCGAGCGUACGCGCGUUUUCAUAACCUUGUCAUCUGAGAAAUUUUCCGGGAACUUUCUAGGAACUCGUGAACCAGAUCAAACACAUCGAGCGAAUUUGCUGGUUUCUUGUGUGUGUGCGUGUUUGUGUGUGUGUGUGUUUCCAAUGCCUUUGUACAAGAUGCUUGACUUGAGUUUUAUAAAACUUCACUAAUACCGAAUUCAUGUAAAAGAGACAACACAAACACUGUACUGUAUUUACAGUAUGUGCACGUGUAAUGUGUUCCCAUUAGUAUGCAUACAUGUAAAUUAACGUACAGUACAGCAGUUCGUAUGAUAAUGACCCGUGGGUGUGUGAUGCACUUCCGUCUAUUUAUGUCCAAUGUUAUGAAUGCUUCUCUUUGAAUUCACGUGAGUGUGAAAUUUUCAUAGCAGUUGUUGGAUCAUCCAUGUAUAGUUGUCAUAACAUGUCCAGUAGUCAUUGUGAUGGAUUAUAGUGGUAUUGCACUCAUUUGUGAUGAUUUAGUUUGACACGAAACUCAAGCAUGAAUCUGGAGCUAACUUUGUGAUUUACUGCCAUCUAGUGCUAUCGUUGUCAACGACAACAACUUGGAUAUCCGCCAUUUGCAUUUCCGAAAAGCUGCCAUAAGAUCUUAAAUUAUUGACCUCAUUUCUCAGUAGAUCCCCUUUUAAAUGUGACACGCCUUAGAAUCCUACUUUCGCAAUCAGCUUCCCACAUGAGCGAUUGGUCUUCUCUCAUUCUCUCGAAGUGAGAAAUGUUAUUAUUCCUGAUUAUUUUGACAGAAGCGGGGGGGGGGGGGGGGGGCUUUCCUGCUUUACAUUGCCUUGGUAACUGUCAGUCAAAUCUAAUUAAAACACACCCACACACUCUCAUCUAGCAGAGUUUGCCAAAAGAUGUUCUUUUUUUAAAAUUUUUGCAACCAUGACUUGAUAGUGCUAUAAAUAAAACACUUGUGAUCUUGGGCCGACGUAUCUUGGGCAUACAUUGAUAUUUAAUGUCUUGGACAAUAUUUGGAGAAAAAUGUCCAAGCUUGACCUUUUGAGAGGUGCCCUCAAAUACAACAUAUGUUUAACACUUAAAAUUUAAUGCCCUGAACAUAUCUGCAGCUGUAAUUAGAUACUGCACAUGGAGGGCUGUGUGUGUGUGUGUGUGUGUGUGUGUGUGUGUGCGUGCUGGUCACGGUGCCACAUCAGAUACCCUUACUGACAGAAUGUCAAAGCGCAUGCAGGGGUACUUGUGUGUACGUUGGAUGGUCAAAUAAUUAGGAUGGGAUGAAGUGGGAAGUAAGUAUUGAUCAAUAUAACAAGGUGCCUUGAGUCACAAUUUUAUAAAUGGAUAUAACUGCAAUUGGUGUCCCCCAAGGUUCACUUCUUUAUCCUCUACUUAUUUCUAUAUAUGCGUCUGGGUAAAAUUCUGUUUUAUUUUGUAGUUUUAUCUCUUCUCGUAUUGAAUAAAAAUAUUUUACUAAUCAGUCUGCCAAACAGUUUAUACUGUAAUCUUGCUCCAUGACGUUUUACAGUAAAAAAUGCAAAUGCAAAUGAAGGGUGCUUGUAGGAUUCAGUUAAAGUUUGCAUUUGACCCUUGUUUGGUAUCACAAACGGGUUUAGUAGGAGUCAAUUUCUUCGAUAUUUUGAGACUGACCUUGUUGAUAGCUGUUGACUUGUUUUAUGUAUUACAUGGACGGUCUUCCUGUUUUAAAUUUACACAGGAACGCCAUCUCUUCAGUCCUAAUCCCUAUUUAAGAAGCCCACUCAGUGGUUUUGCACAUCAACAGAAGGCCAUGUAAUUAAUGCAUAUUACAGGGCCCAAUAAUCUUUGCUUGUUUCUGUAUGGUUGUAAUUCCAAGCAUCCAAUCAGCCUGGCGGUUGUUCCGCAUCCCGUCCUUCCCUCCGUCCAACCACCAGGCCAGUUGGAGUCUAAUCCCAGCAGAGCUAAUCUUCCACUGAGCAGAGGAUUGCACUACUGAAUUGCUGGGUUUCCUCUCACCUGCUGGCCACAACAUGCCCGACUGACUGAGUAGUGGAGCUCGGUGUCGACAGAAGAUGGCUUUCCGCCGAUCGCCCUCCUCCACAUGGACUGAGUCACGGGGGAAAGGCUUCAACCCGGCGGCCACGGCGCUCAGCGAGUCCUCGUCCAUCCACAGCGACGUCCUGUACCACCUGACCGGGGACGUGUCCCGGGUGGGCCUGGAGCCCCUGUCCUACAGCAUCCCAGAAGCAGAACCUGACAAAGAGGAUGAUUGGAAUGAGGAGGCUCAAAGUCUACUCAAGGGUCACAGCAUGCAAACUGAUGACAAGAUCCCAGUUGUCAGUCCUUCAUUAAGAGCCCAAGACAACAACGGAGGCCUCCACUUCUCUGACGGCCGACGGAAAGUCGAUUAUGUCCUGGUCUUCCAUCAGAGAAGACACACCUCCGUUCGGUCCCCCGCCAGCACGUCGGUCUCCCACGACCGACUCUCCAUCGUUUCCAACGGCAACUUCCCCGCGUCGCGGGGCUCGGACGGCAAAGAGGGAGGAGGCGGAGGGAGCGGCCAGGUACCGGGAGGGGAGGCCGUGAGCAUCGGCGAGGUGUUCAUGGAGCUCGACAGCGGAGGAGGGAACGAAGCGGCGGAGCCUGCCGACCACGAGAUGCAUCUGAUCCGACAAGAGUUUGAGGCCAACCUGCUGGAGGCCGGCCUGGAGAUAGAAAGAGAAGGAGAGGACACGAUGAGGACAUGCUGUCGAACAAAGCGGCGCAACAGUGUGCCAGGAACAGGCUGCACCAUGCAAGUGAAGGUCCAUGGUCUGAGCUUCACCCGCCUCCAUGCACCCUGGCCGGUGCUGUGCCGGGAGGCGGAGUUUCUCAAAAUUAAAGUCCCUACCAAGACGCAGCGUUAUGAAAUUAAAGAGGAAAGUGCAUUCAGCAGCAGCAUGAGCAGCGUGUGGAGGAAGCUGAAGCAGCCUUUCCAGCCCAAAGUGCCCCCCCAGGACCACGGACCCAGCAAGUUCCUCACACACUGCUUCUCUCGGGACAAGCUCCACCUGUACAACAUCACAUCGAAAGAUACGUUUUUUGACAACGCCACAAGAGGCCGCAUCGUGUACGAGAUCUUGAGGAGGACUGUUUGUGCACGGACCUGUCAAACCAUUGGUAUCACUACAUUGAUCGCAAAAGGGGUCUACGACGCUGCCUUCCCUCUUCACGAUGGGGAUUACAAUGCCACUGGACACCCUGAGGAGAGGAAUGACCGACAGGUUCUACACGAAGAGUGGGCCAGAUACUCGGCCUUCUAUAAGUACCAGCCCAUUGAUUUGGUCAGGAAGUACUUCGGAGAGAAGAUCGGCCUGUAUUUUGCAUGGCUCGGCGUUUACACGCAGCUGCUCGUGCCCGCCUCCAUAGUGGGAAUUAUUGUGUUUGGCUACGGGGUAGCGACAGUGGACACAAACAUACCCAGCCUGGAAAUGUGUGACGAGCGUCUCAAUUUCACCAUGUGUCCUCUAUGUGACGGAGCCUGCGACUUCUGGCAGCUGAGCACUGCCUGCGGCACGGCCAGAGCCUCGCACCUGUUCGACAACCCCGCCACCGUCUUCUUCGCCAUCUUCAUGUCUCUGUGGGCGGUGUUGUUCCUGGAGCACUGGAAGCGUCGCCAGAUCAGUUUAAGCUUCAGUUGGGAUUUGACUGGCAUUGAGGACGACGAGGAACACCCGAGACCAAAAUACGAAACCAUCCUUCUCCAGAAGAGACAGCGGAAGCAGAAAAACAACAAGAAGAAGAAGAAGAAAAAGAAGAAUCCGCCAGUAAAGCAGAAGGAUGGGACAGUGACAGAGAAGGACAGAUGGAGGAGAAAACUACUUUUUGCCAUGGCUGCAGGAACACCGGUUGCUAUUGAGAAGUUAACCUGGAAAGACCGCCUUCAUGGAUAUUGCAUCAAUGUUUCCUCCAUUCUUUUUAUGUUCGGUCUGACCUUUUCGGCCGUUUUCGGCGUCAUCAUCUACCGCAUCACGGUGUCCGCGCUGAUGGCCAUGAGCCCAGACCCAGAGACAAAGUCCAACGUGCGCGUUACAGUGACGGCCACGGCGGUCAUCAUCAACUUGGUGGUUAUUCUCAUCCUGGAUGAGAUCUACGGCGCCGUGGCGGUGUGGCUGACCGAGCUCGAGAUUCCUAAAACAGAGACCAAAUUUGAGGAGCGUCUUAUCCUCAAGGCUUUUUUGCUCAAGUUCAUGAACGCAUAUGCGCCCAUCUUUUACGUGGCUUUCUUCAAGGGACGGUUUGCAGGUCGACCGGGAAGUUAUGUGUAUGUCUUUAAUGAUUAUCGAAUGGAAGAGUGUGCACCAGGAGGCUGCCUUAUUGAGUUGUGCAUCCAGCUUAGCAUCAUCAUGCUCGGCAAGCAGCUCAUCCAGAACAACAUCUUUGAGAUCGGCAUUCCGAAGUUGAAGAAGCUGGUGCGUACGCUGAAGGAUAAAGGAGGUGGCGAGAAGGAGGAGGAAGAGGAGCGACCUCCGCAGCAGUGGAACCUGGAUUAUGCCCUCGCUCCCUUCGAAGGCCUCACGCCCGAAUACAUGGAAAUGAUUAUCCAGUUUGGCUUUGUCUCGCUGUUCGUGGCCUCCUUCCCUCUCGCUCCCCUUUUCGCCCUGCUGAACAACGUGAUCGAGAUCCGUCUGGAUGCCAAGAAGUUUGUUACGGAGCUCCGCCGGCCGGUCGCCGCCCGCGCCAAAGACAUCGGUAUAUGGUACAACAUACUGAGUGGCAUGGGCAAAUUCUCAGUCAUAAUAAAUGCCUUUGUGAUAUCCUUCACGUCGGACUUCAUCCCUCGCCUCGUCUACCAGUACAUGUACAGUCAGUCGGGGACCAUGCACGGCUUCAUCGACCACACGCUCUCCUACUUCAACGUGUCCAACUUUAAACCGGGCACAGCGCCGCAGAAUUCCGAUCACGGAGAUGUCACCGUUUGCAGGUAUAAAGACUACCGGGAACCACCCUGGUCUCCAGAUGCGUACCACUUCUCCAAACACUACUGGUGCGUCCUUGCAGCGAGACUGGCCUUCGUCAUACUCUUUCAGAACCUGGUGAUGUUCCUCAGCCUCGUGGUAGCCUGGGUGAUACCGGACAUUCCCAAAACCAUCGUGGAGCAGCUGAAGCGGGAAAAGAAGCUGCUGGUGGACCUUUUCCUACGGGAGGAGAAGGACAAAUUUCAGCUCAUCCAGAGCCUCUUCGGCAAGGACACCCCCGUCGCCCCGGGCGGCCACGUCCUCCCCCCGGGUCAGGGCUUCCCCCUCCCGGGCCGCUACAGCACCCUGCCCCAGUAUCCGACCCGAGCGCCGACCGGAGAUGGCGGAGGAGGAGGGCCCAGGGCGAGGUGCAGGGCGGCCAGUUUCAGCCUGUACACGAGAAAAGGUCCGCCAUCACCCAGAAAUGAAAAUUCCCGACACACAGCUGUGUGACACGUGACACGACGCAUCCCCGCGGGUGCGUGGGGCUCGCGAAAGGAACAUCGCUUCCUCGAACUGCCAUUUUUAUUGUCCCAGCGUGAAAGAGGUGUGCCGUGAUGGAUUCACUCACAGGUUCACUUCAAAUGUGUCUUUGUUGUUCCCGCUUGUGCCGACCGUUCACCUGAUCGAGUGUUUUUACUUGGAGCCGAUUGCUUCAUCGCGUAGACAAGCAAUAAUACUGUGUUCGGCUGACAAAUCUUCGAAAAGAGUUUGUAGAUUUUAAAAAAUAAAAUACAAAAAAAUCACCUGGAUAGACCUUCCUGACUGAACACUUCAAAUCUAUUCAUUUAUGGACCUUUGGUGGUACAGAGGUGGUAUGUUUAAAUGUACUCCAUUUGGACCCUUGGGCCCUUUACAGCCCAAAAGUGUAGAUUGCACCUUCAGGAAAACAAAUGGACUCUUUUGGGAAUGUAAUCCUCUUUUGGGGGAUUGUGGCAGUGAUCGCUAAAUGAAUGGAUGGACAUUGUGUGUCAGACUAUUGCAACUUUUGGAAGAUUUCUGCUUCAUGUGCUUCAUUAUGCUCUUUGUAUAUAUUUGUUUUGAAACUGAACUCGUAGCAACAACACAACACCAGAUUCUAAAGUGUUGUUCGUAAAAAGCACUUACGAGCUUCCUGAAAGUGCAAAUUGUUUCCAUGGCAUUCUCUGUUUACAUUGACCAUCUCAAGUGAUGUUUUGUUUUCCUUCUUUCUCGAUUUUUCUGUUAUUCCUUUGCCACUCGUUGUUUCUCCAGUACACUUACAGCCCUCCAUUUUUGACAUGAUCUGAUACAUGCCGGUUUGCUAAAGUGAUGUAUGAUGUAAUGUACUCCUAACUUCCUGUUUCAGAGGACAGAUUAUAUGUCAACAUUUGUUGCAGCACUGAAACUGAGCACAGGGACUCAUUUUCAUCUUCUUUUGCAGAUGCACAGAGAAAUGCUCAUCAUCGGUGCAUUAAACUGUUUUCCUCAUUUCAAGUAAUUGAGAUUAUUUACUGUUUUGUUACAAUGUGAAGUCAUAACUGCUCUCAUAAUAACAUGCUGCAAAAUGUCACUUGUGUUUCAGAGGCCUUGUACGUGCUCUUAUUUUGCCCUGACUGCUCACAAGCAGCAACAGACUGUUAAAUUCUUUAUGUAUUUUAGAUUGACUUAGAACAAGCAAAUUGUGACCGUAGUACAUAUUUAAGACGAUGUAGACAUACAUGAUUACAUAACUGUUUGAUGUCUUGUGACCUGUGUGCUUUCUAUCUCAUUGGUGUUUUUUUUUUUUUUUUUUUUCUAUUUCUUUUCUGCCUUUCUUGAGCGAGAAGUCCAAAUGGGGUGUUAUUUUUAACGUGUUAUUUUCUUCUCCUUGUUCCACAAGAGGUAAUCAUGAGUCACUUAAGAAGUCUCUGCUCUAUUUGACCUCACUACAGGAUUGAAAAACAAUAUAAGCCUCUACCAGACUGCAUUUUGCAUCCAUGUGUAGGUUAAUAUGAUGUUCCAGUGAUGAUGACAAAAUGCUGACGGUAAAAGAACACUGUUGUUACGAAUUGUUUUGAACAUUCAUUUUGACAAAGCCACUUUUAUAAAUAUCUCUCCUUAAUAAUGCAUUUCAAUCAUCUAAAUAAAUGAAAUGAG